AUGGAACCAGAGCCGACCAUUAGCGCUCUCCUCGAGGCUGUCACAGCCCUCACAGCCACAGUUGGGUCCCUGCAGGACCAAAUUUGCAACCAAGGCCAACAGCUCAUUGAGCUCAAGGCCAUAUGCAAGGAGACCGCCGACUUACUCGGCGACAAGGAUCAAGGAGGACCCCAAGUCCAAGCCCAGCCUGGCCCGUCGACUGGGCCUGUCACUCCCCCCACACACCCAAGGGGAGAAGCGCACACUCCAGGAACGGUUAGGCCUGGACUCAAGGCUCCUUUCCGCCCAUCAAGAGGAACGGGCUUUGACUCAGAAGAAGAGGAGGAACCCAGGCGAGCUCCCAAAAAAGAGCCUCGCGACACGCCUAAGCGGAGCCUCAGCUCCCUCACCCCAUUUGAUUCAGGGUCCAGCGUAAAGCGGCCCAAAAUGGAGCUCCCUGACCCAUAUAAAGGGGACUCCAGGGGAAGAAAGGCAACCCAGUGGCUGGACCGUAUGCUGCUGUGGGUCGCGCUUCAUUGGGAUCAGUUCGAUGAAGAAGAACAGAUGGUUGUGUGGAUACUAUACCACAUGACAGACAAGGCAGCCAACUGGGCUCUUCCCCUGAUUGGGGCAAUUAUCAAGGGCGAGGGCAACCCCCCAAAUACCAUCCCAACCCUCACGGCCAAAUUCAAGGAGGCCUUUGACAACCCCGACGCCAAGCGGGCCGCUGCCAGAAAGAUUGCGGCACUCUCCCAGACCACCACCACCUCCGAGUACGUCACGGAGUUCCGCAAUCUCAUGGCGGAAUUAGACUGGAACGAGGAGGCCUACAUCGCGCAAUUCACGCGGGGCCUCCACUGGAAGGUCAAGGAACUGCUGUCAACCAAGGAUAGCGUUCCUGAUGAACUUGAGGCAAUUUUUGCGGCCUCCAUUAAAAUUGACAACAUCCGCCGCGAAAAUGAGGAGAAUCGCCCCAAGAAGGCUUCUGCUAAGUCCCCGGCCACCGUGGCCACCACUUCCACCACCACCACUCAACGGGUCCGCCUAUCAGAGGACCCCAAUUACGUCACCCCAGAAGAAAGGGACCGCCGCCGCGCAUCUGGGCUAUGUGUGAAAUGCAGACAAAAGGGCCACGGCAUCAAGCAGUGCCCCAAUGGGUGGAAAGCCACAAUCAAGGAGGUGGCUAAGGUUGCCGAAGAUGCCGAGUCGGGAAAAGACUGA